ACCCCCCCCCCCAUAUUUAUUGCCAUUCUUUUUUAUUUUCUCUAUAAAUCACUUUAUUUUCUUCACUACUGUCAAUCACAGAUCUCUCCUCCCAUUUCCCAUAUUCUUCAGUUACACCUAUACAUAUACACACACAUAAUUUUUCAAUUUAUUAUUUUAAUUAAUUUCCUCCAGUUCAUACAAUUACGUACAGAAAAAGGAAAUUAAAUUGGGGUUUGGAUGGAAAUAUCAACGGCCGUGAUGAUUUCAGCCUUGGCGGCAGCUUAUUAUCUAUGGUUCAGAUCAAUCACGAGGUUUUUAAAGGGGCCCACAUUGUGGCCCGUAUUAGGGAGCUUACCGGGCCUGAUUCAGAACAGCGGCCGCAUGCACGACUGGAUUGCCGAUAACCUACGCGCCUGCGGCGGCACGUACCAAACCUGCAUAUGCGCUGUCCCUUUUCUGGCGAGAAAGCAGGGCCUCGUGACAGUCACGUGCGACCCCAAGAAUUUAGAGCACAUUUUGAAGGUUAGGUUCGACAAUUACCCAAAGGGCCCCACAUGGCAGGCUGUGUUCCAUGACUUGUUGGGUCAGGGCAUCUUCAAUUCCGAUGGCGACACGUGGCUGUUCCAGCGUAAGACUGCCGCACUGGAAUUCACCACCCGGACUCUCAGGCAAGCCAUGGCUCGUUGGGUGAGCCGAGCCAUCAAGGAUCGGUUCUGCCCUAUUUUGAAAACGGCUCAGCUCGAGGGGAAGCCGGUUGAUCUGCAGGAUCUCUUGCUGCGGCUCACUUUUGACAACAUAUGCGGCUUGGCUUUUGGGAAGGACCCCCAGACACUAUCACCCGGCCUGCCCGAAAACGGCUUCGCUUCGGCUUUCGAUCGAGCCACUGAAGCCACGUUGCAGCGGUUUAUUUUCCCCGAGUUUGUGUGGAGGUUCAAGAAAUGGCUCCGGCUGGGAAUGGAGGUCAGCUUGAGCCGGAGUUUGAAACACGUGGACGACUACAUGAGUGACGUUAUCAGUACACGUAAGCUCGAAUUGAUGAGUCAGCAGAACGGUGGUGGUGGGGCCCACCACGACGAUCUGCUAUCGAGGUUUAUGAAGAAGAGGGAAUCCUAUUCCGAUCAAUUUCUCCAACAAGUUGCCCUAAAUUUCAUCCUCGCCGGCCGUGACACGUCAUCGGUGGCGCUCAGCUGGUUUUUCUGGUUGGUGAUUUUGAACCCUAGAGUGGAGGAGAGGAUCCUGGUUGAGCUGUGCUCAAUUUUGACCGAAACUCGCGGCGGCGACACCGCGAAAUGGGUGGAGGAACCCCUGGUUUUCGAUGAAGUCGACCGAUUGGUGUAUCUGAAGGCGGCGCUAUCGGAGACUCUGCGGCUGUACCCCUCCGUGCCGGAAGAUUCGAAGCACGUCGUCGCCGACGAUGUUCUGCCUGACGGGACAUUCGUGCCGGCCGGAUCGAGCAUAACUUACUCGAUCUAUUCGGCGGGGAGGAUGGAGUUCGUGUGGGGCGGCGAUUGCCUGGAAUUCAAGCCGGAGAGAUGGCUGUCGGCGGACGGCGGGAGAUUCGUGGCGAGAGAUCAGUUCCAGUUCGUGGCGUUCAACGCCGGGCCGAGGAUUUGCCUGGGGAAGGACUUGGCUUACCUGCAGAUGAAGUCGAUCGCGGCGGCGGUGUUGCUCCGCCACGUGCUGGUGCUGCCGCCGGGGCACAAGGCGGAGCAGAAGAUGUCGCUGACGUUGUUCAUGAAGGACGGGCUUAAGGUGAACGUGCUACCUAGGGAUUUGGCGCCGAUUGUGGACAAGAUUGGGAAUAAUGACGGCGGCGCGUGAGGUAUGGGAUUAUGAUUAAUGGAUUUGAUUAGGAUGGUUUAAUUGGGAGGUUUAUUUUGUGAAUAGAUGCAUAAUAAUUAAUUAAUUAUAUAUAUAUAUACAGUUGAGUCGUUUUCAUGAUUCAGUGUGAUGGACACCUUGAUGAGUGGGUUAAUUAAGGUGCCUCUCACAAUGAAACAUGGAUUUGUGUCAUUGGUCAAAUUAAUUUAUAGGAGGUCUGUAUUAUUUGUUUGCUGGAAAUAAAUUUAAUAAAUAAAUAAAAUGUCAAUCUAUUUCUAUUA